AUGGCUGAGACUCACCUAGCAAUGUCUGAUCCAAUGUCGAAGGUCCCAGAAAAGGUCGACGAGCAACAGACGGACAUUGCCAAUGGUGACUUCGGCUCUCAGAACGAAGCCUUGAGGAGACAUCUUAGUCCUCGCCAGGUGCAGUUCUUUGCCAUCGGCGGGUCCAUCGGCACUGCUCUCUUCAUCAGCAUUGGCUUUGGAUUGCUUCAUGGCGGAGCCGGAAGCCUUCUGCUUGCUUUCAUCAUCCAAGGAAUCAUGAUGACUUUUGUCACUAAUGCCAUCGCUGAGAUGACGAUCUUUAUGCCGGUCAGCGCCGCAUUCAUUCAGCAUGGUGGUGCUUGGGUUGACCAAGCCUGGGGCUUCAUGCUCGGCUGGAACUUCUUCGUUUUCGAAGCCUUUCUGCCUGCAUUUGAGAUCACUGCCGUGGAUCUUGUUUUGACCUUCUGGCGAGACGAUAUUCCUUCAGCAGCCGUCAUCACAAUUUGUAUUGCUACUUAUGGACUUACCAAUGCCUUUGGCGUCAAGUACUUCGGCGAGGCCGAGUUUUGGCUGUCUGGAGGGAAAUUGAUAUUGAUCUUACUGCUGUAUUGCUUCACAUUCGUGACGAUGUGUGGAGGAAACCCACAAAAGGAUGCCUAUGGGUUCCGAAAUUGGACUAAGCCUGAGCCAUUCCUGGAGUAUCUCUCCACUGGAACUUCGGGACGGUUUCAAGGGUUCCUGGCCGCACUUUGGCAAGCCAAUUUCAUCAUGUAUCUAGCCACCUGCGCAGGUGAAGUUCAACGCCCACGAACAUCACUCAAAACCGCAUUUCGAAGCGUGUAUGUUCGCUUUGUCUUAUUCUUUAUUCUCGGUGCUAUUUGCGUCGGUAUUGUGCUGUCGGCCAGAGACCCCACCCUCGUCAAGGUCCUCGGUUCCGGAGAGACUGGCACAAGUGCAUCAUCGGUCUACGUAAUCGCUAUGAGGAAUAUGGGCGUCGAUGCCCUGCCUCAUGCUGUUAACGCACUUCUCUUGACAAGCAUUUACUCAGCUGGCGACUGCUACAUGUUCACCGCUAUACGGAGCCUGUACGCACUUGCUCAAGGUGGUCAUGCGCCAAAGUUCCUCAUAAAGACGACGAAAAAUGGUGUGCCCAUCUACUGUUUCGCAGUCUCGGUCGGAUUUUCAUGUCUGGCAUACCUAAAGCUCAGCUCUAGCACGGUAACGGUGCUAAACUGGUUCAUUAACCUGGCUACCAGUGGACAACUGGUGACAUAUAUCGCCUGCUGUGUCAACUAUCUAUUCUUUUACAGGGCAUUAAGUGCACAAAAUUAUAAUCGCAAAGACCUUCCAUACUAUGGGUGGUUCCAACCGUACAGCACCUGGAUUGCGCUCAUCUAG